AUGAUUUACUUGGCAUACACUGGCUACGUAUCCAUACUGCAUGGCCAACACAGCGCUCGCAUAAUAUUUCAGUGCCACAACGAGAACUGGGGCUGGUCCUACUCUGGCAUUUCAACAUUCGCACACCUCAAGCACGUCAAGUGUCUGACUGAGCCCGAUGUUGCGUUUGACAUCGGCAUCAUCGGCGCGCCGUUCGACACCGCUGUCUCCUAUCGCACGGGUGCGCGGUUUGGGCCUCGAGCUAUCCGCGUCGCUUCCGCGAGGCAGUCUCGUGCUAGAGGCUGGAACGCGAGGGCUGGUAUCAAUCCAUACAAGUCCGGCUUGAAGAUCAUUGACUGCGGAGAUAUCCCGCUCGUUCCAAUCGACAACGGAGUGGCGCUGCGCCAAAUGACGGAAGCCAUGACAGAGCUAGGCUCAAGACCGUCCAAGCCACGACUCUUGACGUUGGGCGGAGAUCAUAGUGUGGCUUUGGGUGCCCUGCGUGCUCUGCGCCAGGUUUAUGGACAACCCAUCACCGUGGUGCAUUUCGAUGCCCACCUGGACACAUGGAUCCCCCCGAAUAGUGCGAGCGAUUUCCCCUGGUUCUCAGAGCAGGGUCGUUUCAAUCAUGGAGACGUCUUUUCUCUGGCUUGGGAGGAGGGUCUCAUUGCCAACGCCAGCUCGGCUCAUGUUGGGCUGCGAACGAGGCUGUCAGGCCCUCAAGAUGUUGUUGAUGAUGAUGCUCAAGGGUUUAUGCGGAUUAGUUCAGAUGAGGUUGAUGUCAUCGGUACCGAUGGAAUCACCAAACGGGUCAAGGAGCGCGUUGGCACCGGCCCAGUCUAUCUUAGCUUCGACAUCGAUGUCGUGGAUCCAGGACUAGCGCCUGGCACGGGAACGCCUGAAGUGGGAGGUUUCACUAGCAGGGAAGUCAUUCGCUUGUUGCGGGGGCUAGAAGGCAUUGACAUCGUGGGUGCCGAUAUCGUUGAGGUCAGCCCGCAGUACGAUGGACAGGGUGAACAGACAGCGCUGGUAGCUGCACAAGUGGCCUAUGAGAUUUUGACGAACUGGGCACUGGCCUCGAAAGGAGAUACACCAUGA